AUGCACAGCCAGGUGCAGGCCUGGGUGGCAGCUUGGGUGCUGGGGCUUGGCCUGCCCUUCUCCCAUGGGCAGCAACAGGUGUCACGCAAGAGUGAGCCUGGUGGGCACGGAGGUGCUGGGCGGUGUAGCCCGUUGGCGGCGCUGAGGGCGCGGGCGGGGCGCGGUGGCGAGAUGGCGGCGUCGCUGGCGGCGGAGUCCGGCCCGAGGCGCGUGGGCUUCGUGGGCGCUGGCCGCAUGGCGGAGGCCAUCGCGCAGGGCCUCAUCCAAGCAGGCAAAGUGGAAGCUCAGCACGUGCUGGCCAGCGCGCCGACGGACAGGAACCUCUGCCGCUUCCGGGCUCUGGGCUGCCAGACCACCCACUCCAACAGGGAGGUGCUGCAGAGCUGCUCCCUCGUCUUCUUUGCCACCAAGCCCCACAUCCUGCCGGCUGUCCUGGUGGAGGUGGCUCCUGUGGUCACCACUGAGCACAUCUUGGUGUCCGUGGCUGCCGGGGUCUCCCUGAGCACCCUGGAGGAGCUGCUGCCCCCGAUGGCGCGAGUGCUGCGGGUCUCGCCCAACCUGCCUUGCGUGGUCCAGGAGGGGGCCAUGGUGAUGGCGCGGGGCCACCAUGCCGGGAGCGGCGAGGCCGGGCUCCUGCGGACCCUGCUGGAGGCCUGCGGGCAGUGCGAGGAGGUGCCCGAGGCCCAGGUGGACGUCCACACUGGCCUCAGCGGCAGCGGUGUGGCCUUUGUGUGUGCCUUCUCGGAGGCCUUGGCCGAAGGAGCCAUCAAGAUGGGCAUGCCCAGUGGCCUGGCCCACCGUGUUGCCGCCCAGACCCUGCUGGGCACGGCCAAGAUGCUUCUGCAGAAGGGGCAGCACCCGGCUCAGCUGCGGACUGACGUGUGCACGCCGGGCGGCACCACUAUCUAUGGGCUCCACGCGCUGGAGCAGGGCGGGCUGCGGGCGGCGGCCAUGAGCUCCGUGGAGGCUGCCAUCUGCCGGGCCCGGGAACUCAGCAGGGAGGAGGGCGCAGGCACUGGAGCCGAGCUGGCGUCUCCCACGGGAAGCCUCUGCCCUGUGGUUCACGCUGAGGCCCCAGGCCAGCCCGCGCUGCGUCUCGUUCCCGCGCUGCCCAUCCAGGGCCUUGGAGACCGGCCAGAGCCACCUCCUGGGGUGCAGCCUUGGUUCUCCAGAGGGGAUGAGGCUGGCACCACCUGA